AUGGCCUCCUUCCUCGCCGCCCGCCGCCUCCUCUCCACUGCCGCCGCUCGCCGCCUCCUCCCAUGCACUUCCCCGCCGCCUCCUGCCCCCGCUGCUCUCUGCUGGCUGUCCACCGACGCCUCGCUCCCACCGCCUCUUCCCGUCCCCCCUCCGGAGCCCACAGUCGACCCUCCCAAGAAGGAUGGAGCCUCCUUCUCCGCCGGUUCCGGCGCUGGAGGGGCCUACCGGACUGGACAGGGAGCUGCAUCGGGUGGUCGCCGAUCUGGUGGCGCGGGGUACGAGGAGGAGCAGCAGAAGGUCCUCCGCGCGUCGCUUCUCCACGUGCCGAGGAUGGGAUGGAGCGAGUCGGCCAUGAUCGCGGGUGCGAGGGAUGUGUCCGUGUCGCCGGCCAUCGUCGGUGCCUUCCCAAGGAAGGAGGCUGCGCUAGUUGAGAUGCAGUUUUUCAUGGAUGACUGCCUUCAACAACUCAUGGAUCGCGUUGAUGCUGGUGAGGGCGAGCUUUUGAAAAACUUGAUGCUCACUGAGAGACUAUCUAGACUUGUUCGGAUGAGGCUUGAGAUGCAGACACCUUACAUAUCAAAGUGGCCUCAAGCGCUGAGUAUUCAGUCUCAACCAGCAAAUGUCUCAACAAGCUUAAAGCAGAGAGCAGUCCUUGUUGAUGAGAUUUGGCAUGCUGCUGGGGAUUCUGGAUCAGAUAUUGAUUGGUAUGUGAAACGUACUGUGCUUGGUGGCAUCUACUCAGCCUCAGAGGUGUACAUGUUAACAGAUAAUUCUCCAGAGUUUCACGACACAUGGACAUUUGUGAAUCGCGGCAUCAAAGAUGCUCUUGAUUUGCAGAAAUCUUAUAAGGAGGUCGCUUAUCUAACCGAAACCCUGGGAGCAGGGAUCGGUGGCUCCAUACAGGGCGUCCUGAACAAGGUUUUCCAGAAAUGA